UCAGUGGCAGGGGCCCCCCGACGCCCUCGCCUCCCCAUUCUGCGCAUGCGGGGCGUCGCCCGCCGGCGUCUUCUCGCCUACGGGAGUCGAAGGCGGCGGGAAAAACAAACUGUUUCCUCGGAGGAAGAAGGGGCGGCACCCCCCCUUUCCCGACUUCCCCUCCCGGGGGCCCCGCCAUGGACGAGGCCGGGCCCGGGGCCAGGCCCAAGCAGAGAGGGGGAAGAAUUGUGCCUUCUCGUUAUAUGCAGUACGAAAAGAAAGCGGCUGGAAAGGCGGCCUCGGAUGCCAGCCUGUCCUUUGCUAAAGGACUAGAACUGACCGCCUCUCCAAAGAGACACCCCGGCCACUUUAGGAAAUACAGAAGCACGGCAGAAAUGACUCCUGGUGUGUUGCAAUCAACAAUGGUGGACAGCCACGCAAGCAUCCGACCAGACCUGGAGUUUUCCGCCAUUAACGAGAAGCUCCGCCACAGGACGCCGAUUUCAAAGAACAGCACUGAAGGUGCCAGUGAAAAAAAGCAGCCCUUGGUAUCAACCGCUCCUGAUGAUCUGAUCGAAAUGCUGGACUCGCAGGCCCUGCUGUUAAUCUACGCUUCCAUAAAGAUAGAGAAGAACCUGUCCCGUUUGGAAGAGAAAGCGGAAAGGAACUUAUUAACCCUCUCGGCGGAAGUGGAGAAGCUCCAGAAAGAGGCGCACAGGAAGAAGCGGAAGCUGCAGCACCAACAGAAACAGCAGGAGCUCUCCGAAGCCCUGGACAGGCAGCUGGAAGCCCUCGGCCCUCUUGCCCAGCAAGCCGCACGCUUCAAGGACCAAUACCAGCACUUUGCCACAGCCCUGGAUGCGACGCGCCAUGAGCUGCCGGUGAAGGACAUCUACCUGGGAGAGAACAAAAGUCGGUACCUAGAUGACUUGCAAGAAAGGCUGACUUGGGCCCAGAAAGUUCUGGCCGAAACCGUGCAAGAGCACACGGCCGAAAACGGCAGAGCUGUGGGCCUUGCAAAAGAAUUAGAGGAGGUGUCUCUGAAGGUGGAUGCAGAGCUGCCAAGGGCCUUUGCCGACGUGCUCGACCUGUCUGCCGACGUGAGCAAGGAGGCUUCGCUGCAUUUCCAGAAACUGUGUGAAGACGCCCAGGACCUGGAGACCACCAAGCGGCUGUACUUCAGCUAAGCGCCGGGGCGGAUCUCUCGGCCCGAAGGACUGGCCGUCUUGUUUCACUCAGGCCGUGAGAGGACCAGGUGAAAAAGGAUCGGAUCUCUGUGGCACCGAGGAGAAUCCCAGUUCAGCCGCCCUGGCAUGAGAAGGCUGGUCGCUCCUUCGAGGAGGGAGUUUGGCAGCCUGGCAUGGAGGGAGGGCGUGCCCCUGGCAUUCUGGGAAACACAGAAGGAUGAACCAGAAAGACGCCCUUCGCCUCACCCUCGGGCUUCGGAGAUCAAGUUACCAUUAACACAGCCAAGCACUUAGGGUGAAUGUGGUCAUUGUGCAUUAAAAACACAAUUGCUGGGA